AUGACAUUGAAGCAAAAUAGUGGAUGUGUUUGUGCAGUGUUUGACGUUGCAUUUGCAUGUAGGAAAAAACAACCCAAGCCCAUAGAUUCGUCGGAAUUCAUCGAUUUGGAGGUUUUCAAGUUUUCUGGUGUUCCUUCUUAUCCAAAGACCCUGUCUUGGGAUGAGAACGCAGCUCAUGAUUGUUGCCAGUGGGAUGGGGUCACGUGCGAUGGGUUGACUGGUCACGUGAUUGGGCUUGAUCUCAGUUGUAGCCAGCUAUAUGGUACAAUCCAACCCAAUAGCAGCCUUUUCCAGCUUUCUCACCUCCAACGGCUCAAUCUGGCUCUCAAUCACUUCAAUUUCUCUCGCAUUUCAUAUGCGUUUGGCAGCUUUGCAAGUUUGACGCACCUCAACCUAUCCUGGUCUGCUUUUUCAGCUCUAGACCUGUCGGGGACUGAAUUGUUAGGGAACUUACCUGAUAGCAUUUUCCACCUUCCAAACUUGCAGAGGCUCUUGUUAGGAUACAACAAAGAUCUUAUUGUUAAUUUACCAAAAUCAACUUGGGGUAGUAGUAGUUCUCUAAAGGAGUUGGAUCUUUCUUCAACGAAUUUGUCUGGAGAACUACCUGAUUCAAUUGGCAAUCUCAAGUCUUUAAAAUCCUUGCAUCUCUCCUGGUGCAAAUUACGGGGUUCCAUUCCUAAAUCUCUGGGGAACCUUACGCAGAUCCGUGAACUACAUUUAUCGAGAAAUGGUUUUGACGGUGAAGUUCUAUCUACUCUCUCAAAUCUCAAGCAACUCACUACGUUAGGACUUGGCUCCAUCAACCUCAAAGGCAGAAUUCCCUCUUUUGCCGAGUUCACAAAGCUGGAGAUAUUAUAUAUCUGGGAUAACAAUUUGAUCGGUGAAUUUCCACUCUGGCUUGCAAACUUGAAACAACUUAGUGAACUAGUUAUAUCUAGCAAUCAACUCACAGGUCCCAUCCCCUUCAAUUUAAGUGCUUUUCAAAACCUGAGGAUACUUGUCUCAUCUAAUAACUCUUUUAGUGGGGUAAUACCUCCAUCUUUGUUUACUCUUCCAUCAUUGGAAGGAUUAAUCCUCGGGUCCAAUCUUUUAACUGGUCAAAUUCCUGAAUUCCAGCAUCAUUUACCAUUGGUCUUCAUUGACUUGAGUGACAAUGAUCUGAGUGGUGUUGUGGAUCUGCAAAUAUUUAAAAAUGUUGAGUACCUUUUAGUUUCAAACACUAAUCUUUCGGUGGUCGCUGGAAGCAACGUCAACAAUACCCUUCCCAACCUUAGGGGUUUCUAUAUGUCAUCUUGCAACAUUGAGGUGUUCCCUGAUUUCUUAAGAGCCUCAAAGAAUCUUCAAGAGCUAGAUCUUUCUACCAAUAGAAUUCAUGGGCAGAUUCUGAACUGGGUUGCCUUAAUCGGGAAGGCUUCACUGCAGUAUUUGAAUCUUUCUCACAACUAUUUUACACACAUAAAGCAAUUUUCCUGGGAGCGACUAGAUACUCUUGAUCUUCGUUCCAAUUUGCUUCAAGGACCACUUCUCAUUCCACCCCCCUCUAUACGGUACUUUUUGAUGUCAAACAAUAGUUUUGAUGGAGAGAUUCCUUCAUCGCUUUGCAAUGCGUAUUCCCUUCAGAUGCUUGAUUUGUCUCACAACAAAUUGAGCGGUGAGGUUCCACAAUGUUUGGGUAAUUCUAGUAGUAUUCUCACGGUGUUAAGUCUGCGCUCCAAUGGAUUUAAGGGAACCCUUCCUUCGGAAUUUGCGAAGCCCAAUGAAUUACGAAGUCUUGAUUUGAGUGGAAAUCAAUUUGAAGGACAAUUGCCAAGAUCUUUGGCGAAUUGUACAAGCUUGGAAGUUCUAAACGUCAGAAACAACAAGAUUGAUGACACAUUUCCAUAUUGGUUGGGAACUCUGCCUGAGUUGCAGGUUCUUGUUGUUCGAUCCAAUCAAUUUCAUGGCCCUGUGAACACUUUCAAGAGUAAUUUUUCCUUUCCUAGGCUUCGAAUUGUUGACCUCUCCUACAAUGAGUUCACCGGCUAUUUGCCUAUGGGGUAUUUCGAACAUUUCCAAGCAAUGAAGAACAGUACCAUGCCCAACGAAAAAUACAUGAAUGAUGCGACUGGUUAUUAUCACGAUUCUCUAAUAGUAACAAUGAAGGGCCUUGAGAUCGAACUGGAGAGAAUUUUGACUAUCUUCACAGCAAUCGACCUUUCAUCCAACAAUUUCAGUGGAGAAAUUCCAAAUGCCGUUGGAAAGCUCUAUUCCCUCAAAGUGCUUAAUUUUUCUCAUAACAGUCUUACAGGCCAUAUUCCUAAAUCUUUGGGAGACUUGACGAACCUUGAAUCAUUAGACAUCUCUUCUAACCACCUCACUGGCAGAAUUCCAAGCCAAUUAACAAGUUUGACAUUUCUCGCGGUCUUGAACCUUUCAUGCAACCGUCUCCAUGGACCCAUACCCAAUGGUCGACAAUUUAAUACAUUUGAGAGUGGUUCAUAUGCUGGGAACUUAGGAUUAUGUGGAUUUCCAUUGUCGAAGGAUUGUGGAGAUAAUCAAACAAAAGUACAGCGACCGGUGUUCCAACAUGAGGAAGAUGAUUCAGAUUUGGAUGGAUUUACUUGGAAAAUUGUGGUGAUAGGGUACGGGUGUGGAAUGACAUUGGGACUCCUUCUAGGAUUUCUCAUGUUCUUAAUUGGUAGACCUAGAUUUUUUGUCAAACUUGCUGAAAGAAAGUUGCCUAAGAAGGAGAUAAGAUUGAGGAGAACAGUUGCAGACAUAGUGGCUCGAAGAAACUAGCAAACAUCAAUCGCAUUGUCAGGUACAAGCUAGGAAGGAAGCUUUGUUGCUACAUGACGUAUCAUUGGAAUAUAGGAUGGGAAGAUAUAUGAGCAAGAAAAUGACGAGUUUGGGUAGCAUUUCAUGUUCUUGUUGGAGAACUUCUUGUAUUAGAGUGGGUGUUUGUGUAGGUAGCUAGUGGUUAUUCGUGAUUUUGCUUUGAUUGUGGUGUACCCUUCUGGUCUGAUGUUGUUUGUGGUUUGUUUUUUUUGCAUCAUUUUCAUCUAGUAAUGAUUUGGUUUCAAACAUUUUCUUUGGGUUGUAUUUGUUGAAGUGUGUGGAUAUUGUGGAAUAUGUGAAAGUGCAUUUGAAAUGUAUGAAAAUGUCUAACCUAAAAGCGUGUUGAGACUUUAGAAA